AUAGAGUGAACCAUUGGAGAAAAUUUAACUCUAUAAUAGAGUUACUCUAUUUUAGAGUGAAAUAUAGAGAAAAUUAUAGAGUACCAUUGGAGAUGGUCUAAGGUUAUCCACAUGGUCAAAAUAAUCAGGACCAAUCAAAGUGCCACGUCACUGGUGGAGUGGGCUUGCAAUUAAAAAAAUAAGUUGGCUGUCCAGCCCAUUUGAACCAUUUCGCAGCCCAAUAUGUUAAUAUGAUACGGAAAGAAAAAAGGAAAUAAGCUUAAAAAUGCUUUUGGCUUUUGGAAACGGAAGAGUUAAUUUGAAACCUAGAGCUAGAGAAAAUAAAGAUUCUGAUUCUUCAUCCUCUCCGAUUCAAUCCAUCUUAAUGGUAAUCAUCUUCAAUCUCUCUCCAUAGUUCUCACUCUUCCGUCUCUUGAAACUUUCGUCGCCGCGAGAGAGAUUUUAAAUUUGGGAUUUCUCUGUAUUCUAGGGUUCUAACGAUUUGAUUUAGGUUUCCUUCGAUGCUAGCAAACUGAAUCUCUCGAUUUGAAAGCUGCAUCUAUAUAUAUAUAUAUGUCCCUUCGUCGAGCUGUAGAGAAAGUCAUCAAUCUCUGCAAAUCCUUAUAUCUCAAAAGCUUUCACUGAAACGCUUCAAAGACAUGGGAUAACCAACAUGCUGCUCUCCAAUUUGAAGACCGGCUGUUGUAAGGAGACUGUUGUGACACGACUUCUACGGUUUUGGGAAGCAAGAACUGUGAAGAAAGGUGGAGGAGCUUAUGGGUGUGGACAUGGUGGUUUGUAUAUCUCAUCUUUAUUCUCUGAUGUGCGAUACUGGUUCGUAAAUUUUAGGGUUUAUAUGAAGAUCUUAGUUGCACAUUCAUUUGUUUUGAUGAUGAUAGUUAUGCGUUAGUUCUGAUUUCAAAGAGAUUGAUUGUGAUUUUUUUGGGUUUAUAGCAUGAUCUCAUUGAAUGUGAAUGAUAUUUGAAUGUGUGAAUAAACUCUGUUUUCAAUUCGUUUUGUUGUGACAGAUGCAAUUCACCUGAGAACAUACUCAUUUGCACGCACCGUAACAAGGUGAAGCAGAACUUGCUAUUAGAGGUACCUACACCCAAUGCCAUGGUAAAAAAGCCUCAUGGGGCCAACGGAUUUGAAAGCAUCAGACUCAGGUAAAACAAACACUAUACAAAACUAAAAUAAAUCAUCUAUAAUCACCCGAAAGAAUUGUUACGCAUAACAAUCAAACAAACAUGAUAAAACUAAAAUAGAUCAUCUAUAAUCACCCGAAAGAAUUGUUACACAUAACAAUCAAACAAUCAUGACAAAACUAUAAAAUACAAUACAUUAAAUCAUCGUACCAACUUUACAUAAAGAAAAAUCCAUGAAACCCAAAUCAAUAGGAAAAAUAGUUAACAACAAUAUAAAAAAUAGUAGUUAUUCAUACUUUAUAUUUUCUUCAAUGAAAAAUUGAAAUGGAAAUCAAAUAGGAAUAUAAAUUAUUACAAUUACCAAAAAUUUUAAUAUAAUAAUUUUGUGUUCUCUAACAAAAAACAAUGUUAGUGGUUUUUUGUAACUUAUGUUAGUCGUCUUUCCAAUUCAAACCAACAAAUUUAAUAAAAUUUACAAUUUAGAAUAAAAAUAAAUUUUAUUUAUUAUUCCUAAUAUAAAGUAAAUUUCAAAUGUUUUAUAAAAUUAUAAAAUAUUUUAAUAUAAAAUAGUUUUAAUGUAAACUCACCCGCCCGUAGGGCGGGCCAACCUCUAGUUACUCUUUAAUUAGUGACCACAGAAAUAUAAAUAAGUUAGAAUAUUAACGAAAUCAGAGCAUUCACAAUAUCUUGUAGAAAGCCUUUUGAAUUUGGUUGUAUAAUGACUGAUAGUUUAGUCUUUGUAGGAAUAUUUUUUCGUAAUAUUUCGAAUAACAAAUUGAUGGUUUGUUGACAAAUUUUUAUUUCAAAAUGGAAACGUGGCGCUUGGGUUAGAGAAGAUAUAUUAGGGUUUGGCGAAAGUUAUUGGUGUGAGAGAUUUGACUUUUAAAUCAACAACAAUCAUUCAAGUUUAGUCAUCCUUUUAUUUUUGUAAUUUUAAUUUGGAAGUCACGUAAUUCAUGUAGUUUACACUUUACAUCUCACAAAAACAAAUUAUUCAAGGUUAGCCGUUACUUCAGUUUCAAAAAAAAAAGGGUUAGCCGUUACUUGAUUUUUUACGAUUCUCCUAUCUUCGUAUUGUAUUUUUCUUCUUCUUAAACCUAGACUCAUUCUCUCUAAUAUUCCAUAUUUGUACUCUUUGUAUCAUUUUUACUCUAAAAUAGUUAAAACUAGGGACAUGUCCGCACUUUGCAGAAUAUUGUUUUAUUGCUGUUAAUUAUUAUUUUUCGGAUGAUAUAGUUAACUAAUUAUGUGAUCGUUUUUAUUUGCUAUGAGUAUUAUUUUGUAUUUUUAUUAUAUUAUGUAGUAAUAGGUGAUAUGCUAAUAUAUUAUGUGUUUGUUUUUCUAAUAGUGUGUUGUUGUGGGUAUAAUAUUAUGUGUUUGUUUUUUUAUAGUAUGUUGUUGUGGGUAUAAUAGUAAUUAUUAGUGGUGAAAUGAGUUUGUGAUGUAAUGCAAAUUGAAUUUCAAUAAUUUUACAUUUGUGCAUUUGUUGAUUCUAAGGCUAAUAGUUUCUGGAUAAAAAUUAAUAUUUUUUCCAAUUAUUUGAACAUUACUUUUUAAAGAUGUUUUGUGCUCUCUCCCUAUAUUUUUACAUUGAGCCAUCACUAUCUAUGCAUUUCGUUUACCUUUCCGGUGUGCUGUGAGUCUUUUUCUUACCAUCACCGAAAAAGACUCACAUAUGUGCUAUUGUUCUUCUUCACCUUUUUCUUCUCUUCUUCCUUAGAUUUUGGCUCAUGUUAGGAACUGCAUCUCCUUAGGUUGGGUCAGAGUUUAGUCGUCUCUGAAGUUGUUUUAUCGUCGUUGGCUUACCAUCGAUAGUCUUUUCUCGUCUUGGUUUUCAAGAUAUGGUUUUUGGUGAUCUGACUUCUAUAGCUCAAGGAUGGCUCCACGAUUUAAUGAUUUUGUUUUGUCUACCCUUCCAUCUAUGUUCCCUCAUCUCGUUGCAGCUUUUAUCGCUGCUUGUGUCUCUGUGACUCUCCUUUUCGCCAUGUUUGGCACUCUCCAGGUUUGGAUAGUGUUCUCCUCCGAGUAUGCUCUGUAGAUUUGGAAGAUUGUUUCUGGUCUCAAGUCUUGGCUCUAGUUUCUUGGGGGUUAGCUUUCGUUCUCCCUCACUCACGUUGUUCUCUUUUUCUCUUGCUUCCCUUAGUAUAAGUGUGUGAUAUUAGUCUCUUGGAGCUUUGGUCCCUUCUAUCCAGAGCUUUGUGGUUCUUCAUCGGCAUAGGCGUCUUGUUUGUGCUUGUUUAGUUUGUGAGGUGCUUCUUACCUCUUAGCUGGUGGUUGUGAUUAUCGUUCGUUAUGUAUGUCUCUUCAUGAUUCGUGGUGAUUUUUGCCUUCUGUUGAUUAUUCUUCCUCUAACCCGCUUUCUUGGUUCUUUGCAUUGGUCAUUGAUCAAGCUCCUUUGUAUUCGAGGGAUUGCUUUAUCUCAAAAUUAUCUUUCUACAAUUUUAUGAUUUUUGAUUGUUCUGGCCAAGAUACUUUAUGAUAAAGUGGGGUAAGUUAGUUUUCGUUUUUGAUCGCCUUUGAGCUCUAUACCUUUAUUGAGUUAUUGUUACCUUGGUAUUUUUUUCUCUGUGAUUAUGGAGGUUUUAUGUUUAGAUUAUGUGUUCUGCUUUAGUUUAGUUAAUAUUAAGAUAAAUAAUUAGUUGUAAAUGAAAUAAUAGAAAAUAGUAAAUAAUAAUAAAAUAGCAAAAGUUUAUGUUAUUUUUAGCUGUGAAUAAAUUAAAUAUUUAAAAUACAUUUAUAUUUUUUUUACUUAUUUCUUUAUUCGUUUUGCAAUUUUUUGAACAAUAAAAUAGAUUAUCAAACUUCAAAUGAUGAUGGUUAGUGUGAGAAGGAUUAGAUAGUGCAUAAUUAGAAAAUAGUGAACCAAAUUGCAAUAAUCUAAAAGAAGAAGAAUCUAAAAUGUAAAAAAAAAAAAGAGGACACAUGUCAACAAAUCCCUAUUCCACGUCAUAAGAAGAGAGAAAAUUUUACUUUAUAUAUAAGAUUAAGCUAAAGUCAACUCCAUAAAAAAAUAACAUUGAAAGUGCUCUAAUCUUUUAACCUUUACUUAUUUGAACAUUGUAAUAUGUUUGGAAAAUACCUAUACACUAUACAGUAUUUAUUCAUACUACCACCACAUAUUAUUUCCUAUUAACAUGAGAUUUAUCUCUAUAGUGUGAUUCACACACAAAGGUUCCCCUCAGCAUUUAGAUUUUUUUCUUUUUAGUACGAAUUGAUGGAGAAAAUGCUUACAAAAAAUAUGCUAAGUACCGUCAAACAUGAAUCUUAUAUGACGACUGUGAUGCAGUCAAUGGUGAAUCUUCAUAAAGUAGAUUGAAUUGUCGGCUCUAGAAUCGUUUGUAAUAUUUUUUAUAAUUUGUAAUAGCAUAAUUAUCCAUCAUAAAAAAAAAACUAAAAACUAAACCGAAUAAAAAAGUUGCUCCAGCUCCAGGUAUGGAAGACUUUCUUUAGGAGAUUUACCAAAAGUAAAAACAAACAAUGGCAGAAGAGAGUUGACCAACUUCAGUUUUUAAAAGGAGCUCUAAAUUUAAUAUCCUAAAAUUGACUUCCAACCAAUCAUCAUAGACCCAAAAGUUCGUGCCUCAUCAUCCCGUACGUAAUAAUAGUAUGCAAAUUAGUUCCAAGGUUAGUCGUGGGAGUGAUGUCAAGAACAAAGAUAGUAGUCCUUAAGUUUGAAAUGUUUUGCUUAACUAUAUGUUCAUUUUAAUUAAUGAUAUAUUGUAUAACCGAUUAGAUUCAUCAUCAGUGAAUAAUAAAAAAUCUUCAGUUAAUCAAAAACUCUAUAACUCGAUACAAUCAAAUUAGUCGAAACAUGAGCAGCAGCCCUCGUGUCGUCCUUAUUCUACAGAGAACGUGUUUCAUUAGCUCUACAAAUCUUUUUAAAAACUUAUUCUCUAUUGUUCAAGUUGGUCGCCAUCUUUAAUAAUUUCAUAAUCAAACAUCUUGUCUUCUUUGGUGUAUACCACAACAUCAUUAUCAAAAAUAAUAAUAAAUCAUAUCAUUUACAUUUUACAAUGAUUUUUUGCUCGGGUAUUAUCUUUAAACCGGAUAAUUUAAAGAGCAGACAAAACCAAAAGUCUCUCUUUCAAUGCUUAUAACGUUUUAAAAAUGGAAGAUGGGCGAUGCGUGGUCAAAUCUUGAUUCUUGAAUAUGCAACACAGUUCUAUUGAAUUGAAAGUUUCCCAUUCCACCAGAGUCUCCGGUCAAACUCACCCUCAUAUCUUAUUUUUCCAAUAAAGCUGCAAGAUUCAACGACUACUGCAAAAAAAAUUUUAAAACUGCCAUCACAAAUCUUCAUCAUCUUCUCUUGUAACGACUCUUAUUCCUCUGUAGCUCUGUCUGAAUCCUUCAAAAAGUCAACGCACCUGUCUUAAUACUGUUUAGACAAGGACCAUCAAGGAUAGGAGGAGAGUUAUAAUCCAAUCUCUUCAAAGAUAGAACCAAACUCUUGAUACUCUUUGUAGAUCACAACAACAAAUGAAGACUAUCUCUGUGUUGGCCUUCUUCUUCUUCCUCCUCUUUCUCAUGGCAGAAGCUCAAAGCAGGAACCGGACACGUUGCCGCACAUUCUCCUGUGGAAGCCUCGACUUCAAGUUCCCUUUCUUUAGGACAGACAUGGAGUCACGAUGCGGUUUGUUCAAGCUGAACUGCAGUGAUCACCAUUUUCCAGAGAUACAGCUUGAGGAAAAAGGGUUAUGGUAUAAAGUCAUAAGCGUCUCUCAAGCAAACACCAUAACCAUUACAGACCCAAGGCUUAACCAAAGCUUGGAAACAGGGUCCUGUACUGACUUGUCAAGCUUCUCUAUUCCUGAUUCUCCAUGGCUCGAGUUGACCGAUUUAUACAAAUGCAACAACAGUAGGAAGAAUGGUUUCACUUAUGCAAAUUGCCAAGGAGGAGGAAGCAGCUUGUACUACUCCAAAUUGGAAGAACAUUCAGGGUGCUCAGUUAUCAAGUCUCCAGAGAGCUGGGUGAUUCCAAGAAACAAGAACCAGUCUAAUCUUAAUGCGACUUUCUCUCUUCAUAUAGACCUGCCUGGAAGCUGCCAUCGCUGCUAUAGACGAGGAGGAGAAUGUAACAUGAUCAACGACAAGUUUCGCUGCACUGGGGGAACCAAAAGACCAAACAACCACCAAGGAGAGAAGUUAAAGCUAGGAUUAGGAAUAGGAGGAUCUGUCAUCUUGAUAAUCAUCUUGGCGGCACUCUUUAUCACCAUCCAUAGGAUGCACAGAAGGAAAACAAGUUCAGAUCUCCUAUCUAGAAACAACUCCAAAUCCGACGUCGAGUUUAGCAAUGUCUUCUUUAAGCUACCAAUCUUCUCCUAUAAAGAACUUCAAGAAGCAACAGAUAACUUCAGUAAAGACAGGUUACUAGGAGAUGGAGGCUUUGGCACUGUCUACUAUGGGAAAGUGCGUGAUGGGCGAGAAGUUGCAGUGAAGCGUCUCUACGAGCACAACUACAGAAGACUCGAGCAGUUCAUGAACGAGAUAGAGAUCCUCACACGUCUCCAUCACAAGAACCUUGUCUCCCUCUACGGCUGCACCUCGCGCCGCAGCAGAGAGCUUCUCCUCGUCUACGAGUUUGUUCCAAACGGUACGGUUGCAGAUCAUCUCUAUGGCGAAACCGAAAACUCGAGAAACAAAUGCUUCUUAACAUGGUCGAUGCGCAUGAGCAUCGCCAUAGAAACAGCUAGCGCGUUGGCUUACCUCCACGCUUCUGAUAUCAUUCACCGUGAUGUCAAGACUGCAAACAUUCUCCUGGACGGUAACUUCGGAGUCAAAGUAGCUGAUUUUGGGUUAUCGAGGCUGUGUCCGAGUGAUGUAACGCAUGUUUCAACUGCUCCUCAGGGUACUCCGGGGUAUGUUGAUCCCGAGUAUCAUCGAUGCUAUCAUCUAACCGACAAGAGUGACGUAUACAGCUUUGGAGUGGUUCUUGUCGAGCUGAUAUCGUCGAAGCCUGCUGUUGAUAUAAACAGGUGCAAGAGUGAGAUAAACCUGUCGAGCUUAGCUAUAAACAAGAUACAGAACCACGCGACACACGAGCUGAUUGAUAAGAGUCUUGGAUAUGGAAAGAAUGAAGGAGUUUGUAAAAUGACUACAAUGGUGGCUGAGUUGGCUUUUAGGUGCUUGCAGCAAGACAGUACACUGAGGCCGAGAAUGGAACAAGUUGUGCAAGAGCUAAAGGGAAUCCAGAAGGAAGAUCGCAAAGAAGAGACGCUAACUUCUUAUCCUUCACCACCGGAGUGGGACGAGGCUUCGCUUAUAAAGAAUAUGAAAUUUCCACGUUCACCGAUCUCUGUGACUGACCAAUGGACAAGUAAAUCAACUACACCGAAUAUUAGCGCCUACGACUGCUAAGAUCCAUCAUGAGGUAUUGGUUUAUUCUCAAUAUAGCAUGUAGUGAAGCCGUAGGUACUGAGAGAAUGCACAUAGUGACAUAACUUGCACUACCUUUUGUUUAUCAUACUCAUCAUAUGUAACUGUGUGUAAUAUUAACUCAAAAGGUUCUAACAAAAAAACAAAAAUUUGACUCACA